AUGUUCUUUCUUCGAGUUCACUCAGUAGACGCCGAGAGCACCCUCGAUCCCGAAAUCAUCUUCUCAGCUCCCGAAUCCCAAAACCCUAAAUUCAGCGAACGCAGAGGCGUUCUCCAUCUCUUCCGAACCGCUUCCGAAUCCUCUCUCCCAAACUCCAGUUCUCUUUCCUCUCUCCUUUUCAUCGUCGCCGUCCCCAAUUACCUCUCCUUCGACGACUUCAUUCGUUUCUGUGGACCACACCAUCUCGAUCAUCUUCAUCAUCUUCUCUUCAUCAGGAACGAUGGGAUGGAAGAUAGAUAUAGUGUUUUGAUUAGGUUUGAUGACCAGCUUGCUGCAGAUGGAUUUCAUAGCAAAUUCAAUGGGAAGAAAUUUUCUCCGGGUGAGGCAGAGAUAUGCCAUAUUUUGUUUUUGCUUUCCGUGGAGUACUCGGAAUGUGAAGAAGUUGCUGGGAUUCCUCCUGCCGGUUGUACAGAAAUACCAACUUGUCCAGUUUGUCUAGAGAGACUGGACCCUGAUACCAGUGGAAUACUCACAACACUUUGUGAUCAUUCAUUUCGAUGCCCUUGUGUCUCAAAGUGGACAUAUCUGUCUUGCCAGGUCUGUCAAUUCUGUCAACAACAGGACGAGAAGCAAGCCUGUUUUAUUUGUGGAACAUUAGAUGAUGUCUGGGUUUGUAUGAUUUGUGGAUUCGUCGGAUGUGGAAGAUAUAAAGAAGGGCAUGCUAUUCGACAUUGGCAAGAUACUCAGCAUUGCUAUUCUCUUGACUCUAAAACACAACAAAUUUGGGAUUAUGUGGGGGACAAUUAUGUCCAUCGACUGAAUCAGGACCAAUCUAAAAUUGAUGGCAAGUCGGAGGAGAUGCAUUUUCGCUGUAUGUCUCAGGAAGGGGAUUGCGACACAUGUGAAUGUCAUGAAGAUUUGGAAGUUAAUGGGGCCUUCUUUAACAGCAAAGUGGAAGUGAUUAUGGAUGAAUACAAUCGUCUUCUAACAUCUCAGCUGGAAACUCAAAGACAAUAUUAUGAAUCCUUACUAAUAGAAGCAAAAAGUAAAGCAGAAAGUUCCAUAUCUGAAGCAGUGGAGAAAGCCGCAACUUCUGGAAUGCUGGAUAUCCAAAAUGAACUAGAAAAGUGUACUGAAGAAAGAAAUGCUGUUGCUGAGGUUAAUCGGAAGCUCAUUAAAAAUCAAGAAUCGUGGCGAGAGAAGGUUAAAGAAGCUGAAGAGAGGGAAGCUGCAUCAAUGAAGUCGAAGAAUGAGAGGAUACUUGAUUUGGAGGAACAGAUUAGAGACAUCACUAUUUUUCUAGAAGCACAAAAAACAAUUGAGAAGAUGUCAGAUUCAAAUGGAAUAAAGGAGGGAACAGUCUUACCGGUGGUUCAUGAGCAACCUUCUCCUGGAAACAGCAAGAGAAACAGAAAGCUUGGUCGAAGGCGGCAUUAG